AUGGUGGCCCCAAAGAAAGACAAGGUGAACAAGGGUGGCCCCAGGCAGCAGUGUGCUAAGUGGGCCUGGGGGACCUCCACCCCCAGAAGCAAGGACUGCUGCGUGAGUUUCCACAAGGGCACCUGCGGGACCCAGACCCUGCACAUCCAGUGCAGAGUUCCCUGCAACUGGAAGAAGGAGUUCGGAGCCCACUGCAAGCACAAGUUUGAGAGAUGGGGCGGGGCCUGUGAUGGGGACUCAGGCGCCCUGAAGAAGGCGCUGUAUAACGCCCAGUGCCAGGAUACUAUCCUCGUGAUGAAGCCUUGCACCCCUCUCCAAGACCAAAGCCAAGAAUGGAAUGGAAAGGACUAG